AUGGUGCACAGGGGUCACACGGCACCAGUUCAGCACAUCCGGUACAACAAUGAAGACGAUUGUGGCGCUUUGCCUCGUGGCCGUCGCACUGGCCCAGUCCAACCAGGAGGCGAAAAUCGUCAACUACCAGUACGGCAUCGAAGAAGACGGCUCAUUCGCUGCCACAUUCGAGACAACAAAUGGUAUCAAGGCCCAGGAAGACGGCAUCUCCUACCCCGGCAACGUCCCCGAGUCGGGUAACUACGUGAGGAGCGGCUCGUACUCGUACGAAUGGGAGGGCGUCACCUACACUGUGAACUGGACUGCCGACGAGAACGGCUUCCACCCGGAGGGUGACCACCUGCCCGACUUCAGCCACACCCGCGAACAUAUCGGAGGGGUGGAGGAAGUGGAAGUGAGUGUCGCCUAGUAACUAUUUUAUUGAAUGCCUGCCAAAAUAACCAAGCGAUCGGAGUUAACUAGGCAGUGUGUCUGGCUGCUGUGCGUUCUUCGACACUGGUGAUAUAUAUGAUUGUGCGUCUUUGUAAGUGAUUCUUGUGUCCAUUGUCACGCUGUUGUCUUGUCAUAUAAAAUACAACGACGAAAACCCUUUUA